GAUUGAUGAAUUGAACCAAUGAUUGAAAUGAUUGAAAACAUUUCAAACUAUUUAAACGCUUUAUUUAUCUGAUUUUUUAGUGACAAUCAUUUGAUUGCAUUACCAAAUGACUGCAGAAGUCGGUGCCGGAGAUGUGAUGCAAAGUGUGACACAAACCAAACAAACAAAUGUCAACAAUAAGUCUAAAGACACAAAACGGCGUAAAAAGUCUUUGUCGACAAUCAAGAAGACAAUGAAAAAGUCAAUAAAGAAGACACAAAUUAGAUCAACGAUCAGAAAGAAAUAUGAAUGCCUUGAAUGCAGUAAAAGCUAUUCAAAGAUGCAGUACGUCAGGGAUCACCUGAAAACUGUUCACCACAACUGUCGACUCAACUACUCGUGUCGUGUUUGUGGUCAGACAUUUGGUUGGAGAGUGACUGUACUGAAGCACAUCAAGAGAUCACAUCCCGAAAAGGACGACACCAUAGCUAUGAUUGAAGAGCUUUAA